AUGGCGGCGUGUGCAUUUGGAGGCCGGAGGGGCUCCAUCGCCGGCAGGGAGGAAGGUGGCGGCGCCCGCAUGGAGGAGAGGACUGGAGGAGGAGGCGGUGCCCGCAUCCCGCAGGGAGGAGGCGGCGGCGGCACCACCCAUACCCCAGCAGGGAGGAGGGCAGCGGCGCCCGCACCCAGCAGGGAGGAGGAGGAGGAGGAGACGGCGGCACUAGCUGGGCCGAAGAGGAGCCGAGGGGGUGGCGCGUCGCUCACGCAGGCGCCUGGAAGGGGGCAGCAGUGGGGCCUCCUGGGCGCCGCCGCCAGGGGGAGGUGGGAGGAGGGCAGCGGCACCCGUACCCAGCCAGGGAGGAGGAGGAGACGGCGGCACUAG